AUGAGUUCUUACAUGCUGCAGCGCGAACGAGGCUCACGUGCACCAUGUUAUUCGAUGGCGCGCUGCCGAGUUCCUGCGAGAAACCGCCUUCACCGCUGGGUGCUCCUAUUUUUCAGUGUGUUCGUGCUGUGGUUCGCGGCCCAAAGCAUGCUUGUUCUGGGACACGCAGAAGAAGAAUUUAUACCACAGAGAGCAGUGAAUCAACCAGAGCUGGUGCAAGACUCGAGAGCGCUAGCGGCGACUGCGGCAGCGCCGCUGCAAGCAAUGCGGCUUGAAGCUGGAACGCCGGCUCCAACGACGGGUAUUCCUUAUUCCGCGCUCUCGCCGAGCGUGCUAAGCACCGCCCAACAAGCAGCACUUUGCGCGGAGCUCUGCCCGAAUGCAGUCACGACCUGCGCAAUCAAGUUCAUCUACGGCACCGGAACGACCUGUUGUUGCUCGGGGGCGUUCUUUGUCCGUGGCAGCAUUGGACACCUUUGUAGCGACCAAUCCAUUCCCAAACUCGUCCCCGAGUCGCUGCUCAACCAAGUCAUCACCGCAGCGAAUGCAUCGAGUACCGGUGUUGAGGAUAAGCCGCCCGGAGCGAUUACCAAGGCGAAUGCCAGUGCGCUGCAUCUCGCUGGGCGCAGCGGUCUCGACCGGAUAAACCAAGUGCGCGCUGCUCAGCGCAGAGAGCCCAUUAUUUGGAGUCAAGCGGUCUACGAGAGUGUUUCUUUCUGGCUCUCUUAUCUGGAUACAACCCAUCUCUUCAUUACGCAAAACUUGGGCAAACCAGCAAAGCCCUUUCCGCCCGGUGCACUGUUCCUUGCAGAGGUGGUGCUCGCUCAGCGCCUUCCUGAGAAUGUCACCGCAGAGGAGGCUGGCAUAGCUUGCGGAAACGCCCUGCUCAACGGGAACAUUUCGGCGGAGAUCACACUGGCAAACUAUGAAUUCGGCGCUGUGGGUACCAUGCCGCGUUCCUCAGGUCCCGAGUGGCUAUGCUCUAUCAGUCUCGGAAACAUGUUUCGAUACGGCGGGACAAGUUUCCCCAAUGCAACGGGUUCAUAG